UAAAAUAGCAGACAAUUUCCAAGUUUGGCAUAGUUUUCUGGCAGCUACCGCAUUGACAUCAUUGCAACUAUAACAUCUCAAUAACACAGUAUAGCAAUAUGUGUCAACUAUCGUUGCUACUCGUCUUCGUCCUUUCCAUCGCCGCGAUCCAGGCGCGUCCAAGUCUGAAGUAUCUACCAACUGUAGCUGAGCAUGUGGAGUAUACGCCCACCGUGGUCGGACAUACCGUGCACUCACUGCCCGCCGCAGUUUCACAUCAGAGUCAAACCAUUGUGCAUGAGAAGCGUCCCUACCUGCGUCCCAUAGUGGAGCAUACGCCCAUAAUUAAGACGUACACGCCCGUUGUGAAAUCGUAUUCACCUGUGAUUAAGACUUAUGCGCCCAGCACAAGCGUAGCCUGGCCGGCUGUCUCCUAUGGACCUGUGUAUCCAUCAGCUUACGCCGGUUUGUACGAUGGCUGGAGCUCGCCCAGUUUGAAGAGUGUUUAUGGCGGCUGGAGCUCCGGCUGGAAGCCAAGUACUGCUUAUGAGGAUUGGGAUGCCUGGGCACUGAAGAAAUAAAUGAUUGAGCCUAGUGAAGACAAAGUGUUAAUUUCGUGUAAAUUAAGAUAAAGUUAAAGCUACGUUGAAAAUGUGAUCGAAUUCGAAGUAUGUAGAUGUUAAUGUUGAG